AUAUGAAGGUUGGGUUGGGUCUGUUGGUGGCUAUCUACCCUUGUCUGCUGACUGUUACCUUGGCAACAUACUAUUCAAAGGAGAAUGACCAGUGUAACAACUGUUGCCGGGGCCCCCCUGGUCCACAAGGAAUUCCCGGACUCCCCGGUAUACAUGGAACACGGGGUGAAGAAGGACACAAAGGAAACAAAGGAGAAAUGGGCAGCAAGGGGAUCCGUGGAUAUCAAGGGGUGACAGGGCCUUCAGGACCAGAAGGUCCAAAAGGGCUCCGAGGAAGGAAAGGUCAAAAGGGCAUGGAAGGCAUAACUGGUCUGGAAGGGCCCAAGGGAGAGCAGGGAGCACGUGGCUAUCCUGGACUGAAGGGAGAUAUUGGGGAGAAGGGGCAAAAGGGAGGCAGACCUCCAAAAGUGGCUUUUUCCGUCAGCCGCAGCAAGAAACUUGGACCAGUCUUACAAAAUACUCCUGUCACAUUUGACAAAAUUCACACCAACUUGGGUGAAAGUUUUGACCUCUAUUCCUCUCAGUUCGUGUGUAGGGUCAAUGGCACCUAUUUGUUUACUACCCACGUCCUGGGCCAAGACCAGCAUGAUGCAUAUGUGUGGAUUAUGUUGAACAAUGAACACAAGAUGGCGCUGCACGGGGACAGACGGGCAGGGUAUGGGACAGGAAGUAACACAAUUAUCCUCCAUCUUGUGGUUGAAGACCACGUAUGGUUGCAGCUGUCGGAAAAGUCGGCUCUCAUGAAUGACUACUCCUCAUUUUCCGGAUAUCUCUUAUUUGAAGAUUAGAGAAUUGAACAAGAAUUUGAACAUUGCUACAUGUGAGAAAGUUUGCUUUCCUCAAACUCAUAGACUAUUUAACAAUCAUUUAGUAUGUCCAUUAAAUUGACUGUCAUUAUCUCGAAUGUGUUUUGCACAGACUAGUAUAUGAUGUGCCAGAUUUGAGGAACAUAUGCUAAAGAAAUGUGUUGUUUGCUAUG